CGACAACACCUGUUCCUUUCGCGCAACAGCGAAAACCUCACACCCCUCAAAAGUCCCUUUGCUGUUUUCGCCUACAGUCACAGGACUACCGUCGCCAAGCAUCUCACUUGUUUUGCAGCGAGGCUGAAAGAAUUCUUACGCCGCCAUGGCUUCAGAUGACCUUGUAUGGUCCGUCAUUGGAACUGACUUUUGCAGCUUCAAACUCAAGACCACAAAGGACCAGACGUUCUGCAGGAAUGAACACAACGUAUCGGGUUACUGCUCCAAGCAGUCGUGCCCUCUCGCCAACUCACGGUAUGCCACGAUUCGCUCAGAUCCUGCGACCGGAGAUCUGUAUCUGUAUAUCAAAGCGAUCGAACGCGCCCAUCUUCCGUCGCAAUGGUGGGAAAAGAUAAAGCUACCUAAGAACUACGGCCAAGCCCUCGAGCUUGUCGACCAACAUCUUGCAUACUUCCCCAAGUUCCUCAAGCACAAGAACAAGCAGCGCUUGACACGUCUGACCCAGGUCAACAUAAGAAUAAGGAAGUUGGCCAAGGAAGAAGAGCGCCUAGGAGAACGCCUGGUUCCUAGACUGGCGCCCAAGGUUCGCCGACGAGAGGAGGGCCGAGAGCGAAAGGCUCUUGCAGCUGCCAAGGUUGAGCGCGCCAUUGAGCGUGUCCUCAUUGACCGUCUGCGCAGUGGCGCAUAUGGUGAUCGACCGAUCAACGUGGAACCAAAUGUCUGGAAGCGUGUUAUGAACGGUCUACAAAAAGAAGGCCAGCUCAAGGGCGACGAGGACCUGGAUGAGGGCAUCGAAGACGAAGAGGAAGAGAAUGAAUACGAGAUGGAGAACGGUGUCGGUGAAGUCGAAUACGUGAGCGACAUAGAAGGCGAAUCCGACGACGACUUGGAGGACUUCGAAGACUGGAUAGGUGGUCAGAGUCCAGACGAAGGCUCAGGUGACGAAGACGAUGAAAGUGGUAGCGAAGAAGACGAGGACGAAGAGGCAUCUGAAGACGAAGACACAGAGGCUCUCAAGAAGACGCUGGCGAACCUCAAGCGUAAGCGUCCUGCUGGCCCGCCUCCAAAGCCCAAGAAGAAGCCAUCAAAGGACUCAAAGGGCCCGAGACGCGAGAUCGAGUACGAGAUGGAGAGAGAGCCUGCUGCGAGAGAAGCUAUGCGCGUAUAAUACCUUUAGCAUGGUUACACUAUUGGCGUUCAUCGAUGGGAUGUGGAGUUCACGUGCCAAUGGCUCAGGAAAAGCGUUUCGUCUUCGCGCCAGAGGCGCACGUUCUAGCGAUUCUCGGUCUGAUACCAUUUCUUCAUACAAUGCUUCGAUGCUUCAUGUAGAAUCACUUCAGAGGCUCGUGAGACUACGGCGCAACAAACGCAAUGUUGCCUGUUUUCACGAUGACCCACAAAGUGAAAUUGAAUACUACGAUAUUCAAGAAG